AUACCAGGUUCAUUAUUUUGGAUAAUAUUUAGCUCCAGCAUGAUGAUAUUUGCAAUCUCGGGAACUGCAGUGGCUUUAUUUGCUUUCAUUGUAUACUAUAAGGUGAAGUCAAUGAGGCUCGUCGACAGAAUGCAACUAUUACUGAUGAUACUAACAAAAUUGAACGUGAUGAAAAUACUUCAAAUAACCGGACUGGAUCAGAAGAUGAGACCUGGAUUAACUCAUUUCACUGCUUCGAAUGGUUUUAAAAUUAUGCUGACUCCAGUUUUUGCUUCUGUUGUUAGUGAAGUUUUGAAGUUCAAGGUUAGGGAAGACGAUGUUUUCAUCGUAACUUACCCGAAAGCAGGAACAACUUGGAUGCAAGAGAUAACAUGGCUGAUAUGCAAUGACGGAAACAUAGAUGGAGCAAAGAAAGAGUUAAUUACAAUGAGGAGCCCGUUUCUGGAGACAGUGGACAUUCCCAUAAGCAAAGGGAUUCAGUCUCUAGAAACUUGGCCCAAAAAUAAACAAAGAGUAAUAAAAACUCAUCUGCCAUACGAAAUUUUACCAGCAGAAAUCAGAAACGGUAAAAAAUGCAAAAUAAUAUAUGUAGCAAGGAAUCCCAAGGACUUAUGUGUUUCCUAUUUUCAUUUUCAUCGCAUGAUUACGGGAUUACCAAACCCAGAAACAUGGAGAGAAUUUUUGUCGAAGUUUUGUUCUGACAAUGUAGUGGGCGGAAGUUGGUUUGAUCACACUCUGAAGUUUUGGGAGAAAUAUCAAGACGACAAGCAGAGAAUAUACUUUGUAAAGUAUGAAGAUUUGAAGAAAGAUCUUCGGAAAGAAGUUGAAUCUAUAUCAAAAUUUCUUGGAAAAGAAUUGUCUGGUGAACAGAUGGACGCUAUUUCAAAACACUGUACGUUUGGAAGCAUGAGCAAAAAUAAAAAGACUAAUAUGUCCCCUUUAGCAAAGUAUGGAAUGGACGUGGCUAAAUCAAAAUUUAUGAGAAAAGGAGAAGUAGGCGACUGGAAAAAUUACUUCACUAUAAAUCAAAGCUCAGCUUUCGAUAGAAUGUAUCAAGAAAAAGUUGAAGGCUCGGGUUUGGAUAUUACCUUUGAAAUGUAAUUUUGUUUAGUCGUUGCCGACAAAUUAUUUCAUUAACCAUUUAAGACAUUCUUAAAUCGAUAUGCAAAAAAUUAUUAAAAUACAGUGUAUUAUAUAUAG